AUGCCUGUACGUAAUUGCUGUCUUGGGUGCCAGGGGCCUAUGGCAGGUCCGUGCGGUCCCCGCGCGUACCGAUGCGAUAACUUGGGUCAGGUGGGACCCUGUUGCGUGCACUCCUUCGGCGCCGACUGCUCCGGCCCUUGCGGACAAAUUGGAUGUAUCCACGGGGCACGUGGUGGUGCCGCGGGUUCGUUCUUCAGCUGUGGUCAUGCCUGCAUCGGAGGCUGCACCAGCGGCCUGUGCGGCUCCUGCUGCGGUCCUUGCUGCGGCUAG